CGUUUUUGUUACUUCCGCAUUUGAGUGAAACUGUCAGAAUUUCUAAAUUUUCGCAAGUUUCGUCUUUUAUUUUUGUAAUCUACCUGUGUCAGUGCAACGUUUUGAAAUAACUGUGUUAAGAUUUUUAUUCUGAGCGAUUCGUUGGAGACUGAUAUUGAAAAUCUUUGUUGAUUUUUUUUUUUUUAAUUUCUUUCACUUGGAUUUUUUUUUGUCGUUAAAAUUUAGGAGACUUGCUACAGUUAGAACAUUAUCUAAACAAACUGGCUAUGGUGUUUUGACAAUUUUGACAACCUAAUUGAAUCAUGUCAAGACAGGAUUAUGAUGAUCCAGCUGCAAGACCGCUUUUUGGGGAGACACAUCCACAGGAUCGAAUAUGCAACUUGGUAUUGGCAUCAUUCACAGGAAUUCUUGUUGCGGUAACACUUGUCAGUGCAUUUGUUUUCCCCAAAUGGCCGCCAAACGGAAUAAACAUAUUUUUCGCUGUUGUCAUGCUGUUCAUUGGAUUUGCACACUUGCUUCUUAUUUAUUGGUACAGACAAGGAGAUUUGGAACCCAAGUUCUUGCGGCUGAUUUUCUACAAUGCUUUCACCAUGAUUUUGCUGUGUAUUUGCGGAAACCUGUAUAUUCAUAAUAUCGGAUAUGAAAAGAAAUAACACAGAUUUGGGACAAAGCUGCAAUGUGAUAUGUGUCUCUUUUUGUCAUUUAUUUAAUUCAAGUGAUUUUCUAAACGUGAACAUUUCUUCAUAAUUUGUGAGCCUCAUUCUUGACAUUUUACAUGUAUGUGUGAGUGAUUGUAGUUGUAUAAUAUUUCAAGAUUCUGCUAGGGCAGAUUAAGAGUAAAUUAUUUCAUAGUCGAUGCUUGACAAUAUCACUAUUUGUAGAUAAAUAUGCAUAGAAAAUGCAGAUUUCAUCCCAUUAUCUUAUAGCUUCUUCCCUUUAAAAAUGACUUACGGUACUUGUAUUUUGGAGUGAUAUUUCGCUGCUUCUAUCUAUACCAUACCAGUAAUAUGUUGUUGGAAUGUGGAGCGAGACAUGGACAUUUUGAGGAUAAACCGUUGAUAUUUCUUUAAUUUCUUUGAAUACUCAUUUACUGACUGUGUUUACUCUUGUUCAGACAGUUUAUGUACUUAUUUGUUGAAGAAAAUAAUAAUUUUAUUACAAUUAUAUGUGCCAAUGUUAAUGUUGUUUAACAAACACAUACCAUGACCUUUGACGUGAGGGGCAUAGGAAUGUUUUUACCUGCCACAGAUAAGUUUUACCUUGUAUUUGAUAUAGCAUAUAUUGCAUGAUUUAGUUACUAUACACCAGACCAGUUAUUUUUAUAUUUUGUUGAUGCUUUUAGCAUGUGCAGUUGUAAUUAUAAGAUAUGGAUAUGUAUGUUCUUGAUCCUUAAUGAUGUGACAGAAAGAUUUUUGGAUCAACUCCUGUUGGUUUAGUGAUAUGUUCAUAGUGCUGCAGUUGUACAUUCCCUUGCCUUUUGAAGGGAAUUUCCACCAUCACAGACCAUGUUACUAGAGUUUUACAAAUAAUAUGAUUUGUAUAUGUAGUUUCCUUAACAAAUUCUGACUCCUAUCCUCUAUUGGAAACCUACAUGUGAUGCAAAACCCCUUUUGAUGUACAGACGUAAAAACCUUUAUUACUACACUAUUGUCAACUAUUUUUUGGGAACUUCUUUCUUCCAUUUGCUGAUGAACUUGGCUUCUCUACUUCCAUAGUAGACAUUGCCAAUCCUUAUUGUCUUAACAAGUUUAUUAUUAUCAGUUAGCAUGCUGUAAGAUGUGUCACCCCCCUUGUACUUUACACCAGCUUAUGUAUACGUUUCACUUCUAUGGCGUUUUUUUCAUGUUCAGAUAAAUUACAAAAGCACUUGUAUACAAGUAGGUGUAAGCAUGCUCUUGUAAAACAUACAUGUAUUUAUGCGUGCUUUAUAUAGUAUAUUGUGCAAUCGUCAAACUAUUGUAUUGGUGAUGUAAUUGUUAUAUUAAGGUGGUUUUCCUUCGUUUCUCAAAGAUGCCAGAUCUUAUAUAAAUAUCCAUACAUGUAUGUAAAGGUUGUCAAAUAAAACAAAAUAAUAAAA